AUGGAGGGGGAGUGGGGGGGGGGGUGCGGGGGGAGGCACUGGUUGGAGUUUGCACAACACCCUUUCACUGGCCAGUCGCCGGCUGACGCACAAGGAAAAACACAAAACCUGGAGAAUGUGAACGUCCUCGAGCGCCCUUCGACGACGCCCACUGCCUGGGAGGCAGCUGCGCAUGGCGUCAUCACGUUUAAUUGUCUAGCACCACAACUUAUUAAUAAGAGCGGCGCGGUGUGGCAAGCGGCUGUGCGCAUGCGCCGAUAUGUUUCACAAGCGCUGGCGCUGGAUGCCGCCACUAGUAUUGCCGAGUGCCGCGACCUCGUCGUAAUGUUGCAUGCUAUCGUCCAGUUAAAAGUCGCAGUACAGCGACACGUGCGCGUGACCACAGCCACCCUCCUGCACCUGGAGCAGUUACUGCAGCUGCUGCUCCUGCUGCAGACGCUGCGCCCGUGA